AUGCAAGAAAAAAUGCACGGGCAAGCCUUCUUGUGUCUCGACGACUUUAUGUGUUACGUUUUAGGGAACGAUGGUGAAACGAGAAAGGAGGCGUUGAGCUAUAGUCUGAGAGAGUUGAAUCCAACGAAUCAUGUCACGACCCCCAAUUAUUUGCUUUGGGUACCUACAGUAUACUCUAAAGUAUACUCUAGCAUCGCAACCAACUUUUGCAGCAAGUACGCACAUAUCGCAAAAGAAAAGCUACAAGAGCAUACAAAUCUUUUGAUCAUGCCUUCAACGUACCUGUACGCAGGUCAAGCAGAUCAAGAUCUGGUCCCAGACGAUGUCGUGCAAGUACGAAUCCAAGCAGACUGCAAGGUUUUACCAUCAAUGGCAUUCCUUCUGUGCGCAUCCAAAUUGAAGCUAGUGGAAAUAUUGGUGGGAUUAGAAGUCAUGAAGGAGAGAUGCUUUUACCAAUGUUUAAGCUUGAAAACAAUACAGCUUCCAUAUACUGUUCGACAGAUUGGAGAUGCAUCAUUUUUCGGUUGCCAGGGCCUUCAACAAGUGGAAAUGCACGGCCAUGGACUCUUGACGCUCAUUGGAAAAGCUGCCUUUUUCGGCUGUAUAUCUUUGAUUGCCGUUGCCAUUCCUGAAUCAGUGUCGGCAAUUCAGGAGUCUGCAUUCCAUGGCUGCGAAAAGAUGGUUUCCAUCCACUUACCGACGAAAGGUCUUCAAGUGCUGGGUCCGAUGGCCUUUGCGCAUUGUAUAGCUUUGGAAUACAUUGCUAUUCCACUCACAGUUUGCAUCCUAGAAACUAGCACCUUUCUAGACUGCUAUCGACUCCGCCAUGUGGAAUUGGGGCAGGUGCAAAGGAUUCAGAAAGCAGUCUUUCGAAACUGCAAAUCCCUGACGCACGUGAGACUUCCAAUCACCCUCAAAGUGAUUGGUGGUCACGCUUUCUCUGGAUGUACCAACCUUUUGUCCAUUGAGCUACCCAAUGCGUUACAAGAGAUUGGUGAUUUUGCGUUUGCGUCUUGCGAAGCGCUGAAGAAUGGGGUCAUUCCUUCGACUGUGGAGGUCGUUGGGCGGCACGUGUGGGGAGGAUGCUUUACAGGCUUUGCGACUCAUGAGAUUCCCCAGAUGAUUCGAAAGCGCUUUGAAGGUCUACCACUCCAUACCGUUUGCUACUUUCAUUCGUUCUACUCCAACGCAAUGGACCAGCUAGUACAAGCAAUGGAGCAAAGUGGUUCAAGGUCCGAUCCGAAAACGGUCGAUUGCUUUGGGCUUACACCAUUUCACAUAUUGGCGUUGUCCAAGCGGCCUAGCAAGGACCUUUGGCUGGCUCUGCUGAAAAAGUACAAGGAUAUACAUCACUACAAAGAUCAUUGGGGACAUUCGGCGUUGGAUUAUUUGUACUUGAAUAAUGAAUCUGGUGGGACUGAAGACUUGAUUCGAUGCGUUGUUCGCAAUCCAGCGGUUUGGAGUAACGGAAGAUCCAAAUACUAA